AUGAACAUCGAUGACAAUAAGAAUUUAAAGGAGUCUAUCGAAUGUAAUGAGCUGUGUUUUGGGUAUGAUAAUAGUUCUGACAAGGAGGAGGAAGAUCUUAUCACCAAUGAGGGUAAAUUUAGUGAAUCCAUGGAGAUGUCGAAUUAUAGCUAUAAAAUUCAAGAAGUUGAGAAGAAGUUAAACGAAUUAAGCUAUGAUGACAUGUGGGGUAUUGAGUUUGACAACGUUGAUCAAUGUUGUGAUUUUUAUAGAAAUUAUGCUGAAGUGCACGAUUUUGUUGCGAGACUUGACGAAAAAGGACAAGAUUUCAGUGGAAACCUUAAUAUGCGACAGAUGAACUUGUCAUAUAAUGGGGUUUAUGGUGGCACAAAAAGGAGGUCCAAACAGGACGGUAGUCACAAAAAAGAUUUAUACAAUCAUUUUGACAGAUCGAGGCGUGCAAAGAUAAAAGAUGGUGAUGCACAUGCAGCAUUGAGUUACCUAAUUUCUAAGGCAGACGAAGAUUCACUAUUGCAAGGAAAGUUUACUUUGAAGGAUGGUAAGCUUGAUAAUUUAGUGUCGGCCGAUGGAUCUAGCAUCACUGAUUACCAAUGUUUUGGUGAUGUGUUAACCUUCGACGCGACAUACCAGAAAAAUAAGUAUAAUAGGCCGUUGGUUGUCUUCUCAAGAACAAAUCAUCAUGGACAAACAUGCAUUUUUGGUUGUGGAUUAUUAUCCGAUGAGAAGCGGGAAACCUAUGUUUUGGUGUUGAAUACGUUCAUAGAGAUAAUAGGUAAUAAACAACCUAUAGCUGUGGUGACAGAUGGAGAUCUUGCAAUGAGGGAGGCAAUAAAAGAAGUUCUUCUAAACGCUGCACACCGUCUUUGUACAUGGCAUCUCUACCGUAAUGCCUGUGAAGCUAUAAAGAAUUCAAAAUUCUUAGAUGGGUUAAAGCACCUAAUGUAUGAAAAUUUUUUUCCUGAAGAGUUUGAGAGAAGAUGGCAUAACUUGAUAUCUGAGUACGAGCUUUCUGAGAAUGAAUGGUUGCAAAAGACAUACAGGAUCAAAGAAAUGUGGGCUUUCUCAUAUUUAAAUGAUAAAUUUUUCGGUGGAAUCAGGACUACGUCACAAUGCGAAGGUAGCCACUCCUUGAUAAAGAAUUACAUUAGUAAAAAGUGCUACCUUUUGGAAUUGAUACACAACUUUAAUGAAGCAUUGACGCAGUAUCGGACAAAUGAACUCUUAUCUGAUUUUAAAUCAUUGUUUACAACUCCUGUGUUGACCACGUGUCUUCAAGACAUUGAGAAGCAAGCUGCCGAUAUUUUUACCAGAAGCAUGUUUAAAGAGGUUCGGUGUGAGAUAGAAGAAGCUGGCAAAUUAAAUGUUGUUACACAUUCAGUAAGCAACAAUGAAGUUAAGGUGAGAAUAAAUAAAUAUAGGCAACCCGGGAGGGAAUGUGAAGUACAAUAUGAUAAAGUCACUAAAAAAUUUGCUUGUGAUUGUCGUUUGUUUGAAAGUCGUGGCAUUCGAUGUUGUCAUAUUUUUUGUACUAUGAGACAUGACCACAUCGAUAUCAUUCCUGAUACUCUUGUCUGCACGAGGUGGACUAAAAAUACUAAGAAGGAUUGUGUAUGUUCAGUUACAUCCGCAGAAACUGACUCUGAAAAUAUUGCUGGUAUUAGAUAUGGUGCUCUAGUAACACUAUGUUUCACAUUAUGUGAGUCGGCAUCAAAGAACCGAGAUGACUUCAUGGAGAUUAGAGAUGACAUUUUUGGACUAAUCCAAAAACUUAAAAAGAGACGCGAUCCUGACUCCAAUGUUCUUUCUAAUGCGUGUAUGGUCGGUGACCCAACUGUUGUGAAGACAAAGGGAGUCCUUCGUCAAAAUAGAUGGGCAAUAAAAUCUCGUAAGUGUUCUCAUUGUAUACGUCGUGGUCAUACGAUUCGAAGGUGUCCAGAAUUAUACAGUAGAGACGUCCUACAUACUGGUCAUCACCAAUCGAGUGAUGAACUCAAUGAUGAAAAGAGUUAUUUUGAAGAAGAAAUAAAUUACCAAAGCAAUGAUGAGAGCAAUGUUUAG